AUGGCCCCCACCCUCACAGCCCUGCUCUGUCUUGGGCUGAGUGUGUGCCCCAGGACCCGAGCACAGGCAGGGACCCCCCCCAAACCCACCAUCUGGGCUGAGCCCAGCUCUGUGAUGCCCUGGGGGACACCUGUGACCAUCUGGUGUCAGGGGAGCCUGGAGGCCCAGGAGUACCACCUGCAUAAAGAGGGAGAGUCAAGGACCUGGGACAGACAGAAGCCGCUGGCGCCCAGGGACAAGGCUAAGUUCUCCAUCAAACACAUGACAGAUGUACAUGCAGGAAGAUAUCACUGUACCUACUUCAGUCCCACCGGCUGGUCAGAGUACAGUGGCCCCCUGGAGCUGGUGGUGGUGACAGGAUCCCAUGGCCAACCCAGCCUCUCAGCCCUGCCCAGCCCUGUUGUGACCUCAGGAGGGAACGUGACCCUGCAGUGUGCCUCACGGAUGGGAUUCCACAGGUUCGUCCUGAUGAAGGAAGGAGAGCGCCAGCCCUCCUGGACCCUGGUCUCCCAGUCAGUCCCCAGUGGGGGGACCCAGGCCCUGUUCCCUGUGGGCCCCGUGACCCCCAGCCUCAGGUGGACGUUCAGAUGCUACGGCUAUUACAGCAACACCCCCCAGAUAUGGUCGGACCCCAGUGACCCCCUGGAGCUGCUGGUCUCAGGUGUGUCGGGGAAGCCCUCCCUCCUGACCCAGCAGGGCCCUGUUGUGACCUCUGGACAGAGCCUGACCCUCCAGUGUCGCUCUGAUGUCAGCUACGAGAGAUUCGCUCUGUCCAAGGAGGGGGCACCUGACCUUCCACGGCAGCUUGGCCGGCAGACCCACGCUGGGAUCUCUGGGUCAGACUUCCCCCUGGGCCCUGUGAGACCCUCCCACGGGGGCCGGUACACAUGCUAUGGUGGACACACCCUCUCCUCCAAGUGGUCGGCCCCCAGUGAACCCCUGGACAUCCUGGUCGCAGGACAGCUGCCCUACACACCCUCCCUCUCGGUGCAGCCGGGACCCACGGUGGCCCCAGGAGAGAAUGUGACCCUGCUGUGUCAGUCACGGAGCCCUGUAGACACUUUCCUUCUGUCCAAGGAGGGGGAAGCCCAUCCCCCGCUGCGUCUUAGAUCACAGUACCGAGCUGGGCAGCACCAGGCUGAAUUCCCCAUGAGUCCUGUGACCUCAGCCCAUGGGGGGACCUACAGGUGCUAUAGCUCUGCCAGCACCUCCCCCUACCUGUUGUCCCAGCCCAGUGACCCCCUGGAGCUCCUGGUCUCAGGACCCUCUAUGGACCCCAGCCCCCCGACCACAGGGCCAGGCUCAGCAGAUGGUCCCCACUGGUACCUGUACGUCCUCAUCACGGCCUCAGUGGCCUUCGUCCUGCUGCUCAGCCUUCUCGUCCUCCUCCUAGUUCACCACCAGCGUCGGGUCAAAGGCAGGAAGCCGGGGGCUGCAGACCCGGAGCCCAAGGAAAGAGGCCUGCACAACAGCUCCAGCCCAGUCCCUGCCACCCAGGAGGAGAGCCUCUACGCUUCCAUGCAAGACAUUCAGCCUGAGGAGGGGGUGGAGCUGGACCAUCGGAACACACAAGAUGAAGACCCCCAGGGACCAACGUACGCCCAGGUGAGCCGGUCAAGAUCAAGACUCAGCUGGGGACUGGCCACUUCUCCUUCCCCCGUGUCGGAGGGACUGUUGGACUCAGAGGACAGACAAGCAGAGGAAGACAGGCAGACGGACUGUCAGGUUACUGCGUCUGACACAUCCCGGGAUGUGACCUACGCCCAGCUGAACUGCUUGACCCUAAGACAGGAGACAAGGGCAUCCCCUCCCUCCCAAUCAGGGGAGCCCCCAGCAGAGCCCAGUGUGUAUGCUGCUCUGGCCAUCCGGUAGCCCAGGAGGGGCCCAGACCCCACACUCCAGGAAGGGGGGAACCACAGGGACCCUGGAAGGCACAGGAGCUGCCCAUAGUGGGUGUCACUUAAUGAUGACCCCAGCCAGCCUGGACUCUUCACAUGGACCAGUAAGAACUCCUGGGACCCUCUGGGAGUCACUGAUUCUGCCAUCAAAGAUAAUAAUACCCCUACACUUUGGAAAUCAAAGCAACAGACUUCCCAAUUACCC